UUGUAGGCCUAUAUGAUGAUAGAUUUUUAUUUGUUUUUAUUGCACUAUCCCUUUAACCUUUAAACUUAAAAAAAUAAAUAAAAAAAUAAGUGCGAUAAAAAAUGACGUUGAGGAGAGAUUAAAUGGUUAAUCUAAACAUUCCUACGUUUUGCACUAUGUUUGGACAUUAUAAAUAAAUGCAGAAAGUGAUUACGUGGGAGACAGCUGAACCAAAAUCCCCCCAAAAUUCAGCAUCGGCGCGGAUCUGCAUUUGUACACGAUGGGCAUGCGCCUGCAGUUAAGACAGUGGCACGCGUGCUGCUCUGCACAGGCAGCAAAACAAUCUCUGGAGGCAGCAAUGCUUGUUACUAUAGCAACAAACUCCUUGCACUUCCGCUGCCUCCUCCAACAUCUCGCGCACGGAUCCGCGCGACCCUCUCCUCCACCUCCCCAUCACCAAGGCGCUCAGAUAUCAACAUCCCUCUGUCACCAGGAUAUUUCCUGAGACGGAAAUACGACGGGGGAAGGAAAAUGGCGCUCAUCCCAUCUCAGAUCCUAAGAGUAGCGAUACUUCUCUCUUAUUUUUCCAUCCUCUGCAAUUACAAAGCCAUAGACAUGCCCGCGCAUCAAACAUACGGCGGUAGCUGGAAGUUUCUAACGUUCAUAGAUUUGGUCAUUCAGGCUGUAUUCUUUGGAGUGUGUGUCCUGACUGACUUGUCCAGCCUUUUGAUGAAAGGCAGUGCCAGUAUGGAGCAAGAGAGACAGCUGAGAAAGCUGAUUGGCUUAAGAGACUGGAUGAUGGCUGUCCUGGCCUUUCCUGUUGGUGUGUUUGUGGUGACUAUGUUCUGGAGUCUGUACCUGUAUGACAGAGAUUUGGUUUACCCAAGACUUCUGGACAGCUUUAUACCUCAGUGGCUAAAUCAUGGCAUGCACACAACGGUUCUUCCUUUCAUCAUAAUUGAGAUGAGAACAACAUACCAUCAAUAUCCCAGCAGGUCCAGCGGACUCUUGGCGGUGUGCACGUUUGCUGUGGGAUAUGUCCUAUGGAUGUGCUGGGUGCACAGCAUUACGGGCGUUUGGGUAUAUCCUUUGCUGGAGCACAUUGGGCCAAUGGCCCGAGUUCUCUUCUUCAUCUGCCUCACAAUACUGGUCAACGUCUACUACAUCUUGGGAGAGAUCCUAAACAACUACAUCUGGGAUUCCUCAAAGAGUACUCUGGAAUCAGACAAGGUUAAAUCUGACUAAAGCCCACAGCAAAAGCAACCAGAUAUCAUAGCCAGCCUUGUUUCUCUUAGUUUGAAUCCUAAUCAUUUUGAAUCUGGAGUUCAAACCAAUUAAGACUUAACUAUCAAAGAUAUCCUGAUUACAUAUUUACCCUUUCUCUUGGUCUUCUGAGACAUUUAUCCCAUCCUGAUUACUGCCCCUUAAUUAAUUAAAGCACAGACCUGUAGUGGCUUGAACAUUACAAUGAAUAUUUCAUGUAUUUAAUUUAUGGUUUGAAUGUUACAGUAUUUCAGAAUACCUCAAGUAUUGUCCAAGCACUGAAUGGUAUUUACUGUACACAUGCUGUAAUCAUGUGUACAAGGACAGUAUCACAAACCUCAUUACACAUGUCAUGACAGGUGUUGUGUAUUCACUAAAGAAUGAUUUAUGAAGGAUUCUGUUACUCUUUACCCCAGUAAAACAAAUGAGCAACACCUUUUUAUCCACUACAAUAGCAUAUUGCAACUGACAAUGAGCACAAGAUAAUUUGCUUAGGAAAUGCUGUUGGAAACAGUUAAUUUGGUCCUUCUAAAGACAUUUAACAGUUCCUCAUUUAAGCUGAGCAGAUAUUGCUGCAUGAAAUCCAAGUGCAUUGUCAGAAGAGAAACUGGCAUAUUGGGACAAUUUCCUAUUUUUGCUGAAGUUAUCUCAAAGGGAUUUAAUUUUUCAUAUAAUUUGGAAAUGUAGCUAUUUUUGGUUUAAAGGGAUAGUGCACACACAAAUGAAAAUUCACAUCAUUUAAUCACCCUCAUGCCAUCCCAGAUGUGUAUGACUUUCUUUUUUCUGCAGAACACAAGCAAACAUUCUUUCAAAUUUUAAAAGUGAAAGUCGAAAUUUAUGGUAAAAAAGGACUUAAAUAUGAAUCUGUUUCUCACCCACACAUAUCAAAUCGCUUCUGAAGACAUGGAUUAAACCACUGGAGUCUUAUGGAUUACUAUUAUGCUGCCUUUGUGAUUUUUGGAGCUUCAAAUGUCUGGUCACCAUACACUUGAAUCGUAUGGACCUACAGCUGAAAUAUUCUUCUAAAAAUCUUUGUUUGUGUUCUGCAGAAGAAAGAAAGUCAUACACAUCUGGGAUGGCAUGAGUGUGAGUAAAUGAUGAGAGAAUUUUCAUUUUGGGGUGAACUGUCCCUUUGAGUUAUUUUACAGAUGUUUCUUCUUUUAUUAAUAAAAAAGUUUGAAAAUAUAAUUUUCUCAAUCUCAUUUUUGUUUCUUUAAAGCUGUGGAGGUAGACAGAGAAGAGGCAGAGACCUUGAAUCUUCACUUUGCCAUUUUCUUCUCGUUUUCUUUCUCCGCUUACACUUAAGCCCUCACGCAAACACAGACACACCACAGUUCUGCGGGAAAAGUACAGCCAACCUUUCAAUUACAGAGAAAAAAUUUUGUACUUAUGAUUUAAUGUCUCCUUAUAAGACAGAGAUGUUGCCCAAACACAACAAUUCUUUUGUGCAGAGCUGGACAUUCUUUUCUUUUAAUGAGAAACACACACACAGUGCCUGAGGAAAAUGAGUAAGCUCAACAAGGAAUAAAAAUCAACUUGUGACGGACAAGUCUAAAUAUUAAGGCCCUGCUUAAAGCUAGAGUUCACCCAAAAUUAAAAUUCUGUCAUUAUUAACUCACCCACAUGUCGUUCCAAACCCCUAUGACUUUUUCUUUCAAGGAACUCAAGAGACAUUUUGAAUGAUGUUCUGGAACUAAAGCUUAAGUAAAAAAUAAAAUAAAAUAAAAAAAACACACAAAGGCAUACUACAGUAGGCUUGUGUGAGAAACAGAGUGAAAUUUAAGUUGAUAAUCUUCCCCUCCAGUGAGCUAUAAACGACCAGAUCAUUAAGUCAAAUUAAACAGAUAAAUCAGCUUAUGGAACGAAUCAUUCAAACUGGUUUUGUGAACCUGAUCAACCAAUUCAUUGAAAAGAUCUAACACAUAAGAACAUUCCAUUCAUAAUUAAUUACUUCUUUUGUUCCACGGAAGAAAGGAAGUCUUAACGAGUUUGGAAAAUCAUGAGGGUAAGUAAUUGAUGGCCUUAAAGUAAUGUUUUCAAACUUAAAUCCAUGUCCUGAACAGCCAAGAAAACAAUUCAGCAUUACAGAAUAAUGAUAGAUAGCGGAAGAUCUUAGGUAAGAGCAAAACCCCUCAGGCUAGUUGUAGUGAGACACCUGGUAUUAUCACAUCUUAAUUUUCAAAUGAAACUGUCAAAACGCUCUCCUCUCUUGUUUUAGAAAUGUUCACAUACACCAUCACACAUCAUUUUUAUUCUCCGAGUAAUUGUCGGUAACACUCUCUAUGAAGCCCUUAUUUAUAAUGCAUUGUUAAGGCAUUAUAAUGCAUUAGUAAUAUCUCAUAAUACACCUUGUAAUAUAUUAUAACUUCUCAUAAAUAAUUGUUACCACAAUUAUAAUACUUACCUUUUCAUAGUUAUACCUUAGAGUAUAAUACAUUAUAACACAAGCAACAUCCAAUUUUAUCUGCAGAAGUUAUAAUGUAUUAUAUAUAUUUGUAAUAUAUAAUAGGUAUGCUUUAAUUAAAGUGACAAAAGCAAUAUCUUCUUAUAAACAUCCAUAAGAUAUUUUUAAGUGGUUGUAAGACAUGCUGGAAGUUAUAUACAUUACAUAUGCACAAAAUAACACACAUUCAAUGUAAAUUUUGAGAUAUUACGAAAAACACUUGGAAAGCUACAAGGUUAAAAUAUAUCAGAAACUCUCCCUUGAGAAAAAAAAAAUAUUUAUGUUGAUCACACAUGUAGCCAAUCUUCUUGGGUGUAAACACACCCAUGAAUCAUUUUUUCUUUUUUUUUUUUUUUUAUCUAACUGAUUCUAUAUUGGACUCUAUUCAAUAAACUUUCAUGUUUGUGCAUCUUAUUUGGAGACUUAUUUUAUAAAUAACUUCCAUUAUAUAAGUUUGACUUGUAAUGUAUUGUAUGUUAUAAGAUUAUGUUACAGCUGUUUAUAAGAAGAUAUUGCUUUUGUAACUUAAAGUAGGCAAAGACCACUUAUAAUAUGAUCACGUCAUAAAGCCUUUUGACUGUUUACACUAUGCUGCUUUUGCAUAACAGCACUUAAACGAUUAACUUUUUAAGCUUCUGCUGUGUUAAAAUUGGAUGUUGCUUGUGUUAUAAUGCAUUAUACUCUAAUGUAUAACUAUGAAUAGGGUAAAUCUUAUAAUGUAUUAUAACUGUAGUUAUAAUUAUUUAUGAGACGUUAUAAUGGUAACACUUUACAAUAUUUAAUGCAUUAGAUAUCAUGAACUAACAAUUAACAAUAUUAUUAACAUUACACAAUAAAAUUAACAUUAAGAUUAAUAAAUACUUAAGUAUUGUUCAUUGUUAGCUCAUCUUAACUAAUGUUAUUAACUAAUGCUAACAAAUGGAACCUUAUUGUAAAGUGUUACCAUUAUAACUUAUUAUAAGGUGUAUUAUAAGACAUUAUGAAUGCAGUAUAAUGCAUUUAUAAUGCCUUUACAAUGCAUUAUAAAUAUGGGCUUCAUAGAAAGUGUUACCGAAUUGUCAAGAAAUAGAUGAAAAAAGCUAGAUUAAAGCUAACUAACUUUAUUACAUCAUAUAAUGUUAAUGUUGAUUCAUAAAUGUGAAUUUUUUUGUUUAUAUACAGGAUCUUCUCCGCAGAGCUCCUGCAGUAUCGUCACAGACCCCUGGUUGAAAACCCUGGGCUUAAAAUAACAUUUGGAUAGUUCUUCUUGACAACAUUCUUGUUGACAAUUUAGUCUAGCUGCUGUGUGUAUGGAGGGAACUGUGGUGUUUGUGUGUGCAGAGAGGAAAAGUGUAUGUGUUUAAAUUCUCUCUGUCAGAGUGUUAAUUUCAGACCGACACUUCAUAGUCUUCUCAUUAACACUGCCUCUCCUGCGUGCAAAAGUGGCAAACUGCAUGUUUCCCUAGCAUCAAUUAACGUGAUCUUCAAAAAAACAAAAAAAAAACAAGACUUUGCAAAAAAAAGAAUAAAUGAGGUGCGUGCAGCUAUAUUUCUGUGCUGCAAAUGCAUUUGAAGGACACCAUAUGCAGGAUGCAUUUGAAGGACAGAACAAUGUCUGAGGAAUUCUGUCUUCAUUUACUCACCCUCAUGUUGCUCCAAACCUGUAUGACUUUCUUUUUUCCUUGGAAAACAAAAAUAUAUAAAGAUAAUAGAAUUAUAGAUAUAUUAGAAGAAUAUUGAAAUAAUAAUCAAGCUGUUCUGUCCCUGGUCACCAUUCAAUUUCAUUGUCAUUCUUUUCCAUCCAACGGGCAUUCUGCAUCUGGUUUUGUGUUCAACGGAAGAAAGAAAGCCAUAAGGUUUGGAUCAACAGUAUGGUGAGUAAAUGAAGACAUCAUUUUUAACCAUCCCUGUAAGUGUAAGGUUCCACAUGUAAAUGAUGGUUUUUAUGAAUUAGGCAAUCUGAAAUCUAUAAAUUAUUGACCAUCACCUGACCUGAUCCUGUUUAUGCUUUGUAUCACACUGUUCAUUUUAAGUUCAUUUUACCAUAGUUAAUUUGUUCAUUAAAGCUAUCAGUGAUGGAAGGUGUCCAUUAAGGACAGAAGAGAACUUUCAAAAAUUGUAAAUAAUGAAAUUACACCUCAGGUAAAAAAUAAAUACUUCAUGACUUGUAGAAUAAAAGCAAGUAUUAACUUAUUUGUGUAUUUUACUUGUGUUUCUCAACAUCCUUUCCCAAGUGCACUGUGGACUUGAACAAGUCUAUCAUUUUUACCUCUCAAUGAAAUAUCGUCUAUGCAUAAAGAAGUCGAGACGAAAUAUCGUUCUCACUCCAUU